AUUGUAACGCUUACUCCAAUCAAUUGUAACUCGAAUAAUCGCUUUGUCUUUUUUUAAUUUCGAAUUUUCCACUAAACCGGCGACGAUGCCGACACCGGUAACCACAGCGAGACAAUGUUUAACGGAAGAAACAGCACGUGCAUUAGACGACGCAGUCUCCGUCGCGCGUCGUCGAAGCCACGCACAAACGACGUCACUUCACGCCGUUUCAGGUCUUUUAACGAUGCCUUCAUCAAUUCUCCGAGAAGUGUGUAUCUCACGCGCCGCUCAUAACACACCGUACUCUUCACGUCUCCAAUUUCGCGCGCUUGAGCUCUGCGUCGGCGUUUCUCUAGACAGAUUACCUUCUUCGAAAUCACCACCACCACCAACAACAACAACAACAACGACGGUGGAAGAAGAUCCUCCGGUGUCAAACUCACUCAUGGCGGCGAUCAAAAGAUCUCAAGCGACUCAACGACGUCAUCCAGAGACGUAUCAUCUUCAUCAAAUCCAUGGAAACAACAACACUCAAACGACGUCGGUUUUGAAAGUUGAGUUAAAGUAUUUUAUACUAUCCAUUUUAGAUGACCCGAUUGUGAGUCGGGUUUUUGGUGAAGCCGGGUUUAGAAGCACCGACAUUAAACUCGACGUGCUUCAUCCUCCGGUGACGUCUCAAUUCUCUUCACGGUUUUCUUCACGUUCUCGUAUUCCUCCUCUGUUUUUAUGUAACCUACCGGAAUCUGAUCCGGGUCGGGUUAGAUUCGGGUUUCCGUUUGGUGAUCUCGACGAGAACUGUAGAAGAAUCGGAGAAGUUUUAGGAAGGAAAGAUAAGAAGAAUCCAUUACUAGUUGGUGUUUGUGGUGGUGAAGCUCUUAAAACGUUCACUGAUUCUAUAAAAAGAGGAAAGUUUGGUUUUUUACCUCUGGAGAUUAGUGGGUUAAGUGUAGUUAGUAUAGAGAUUAGUGAAGUUUUAGUUGAUGGAUCAAGAAUUGAUGUAAAGUUUGAUGAUUUAGGAAGAUUGAAGUCAGGGAUGGUUUUGAAUCUUGGAGAGUUAAAGGUUUUAACUAGUGAUGUUUUCUCUGUUAGUGUGGUUGAGAAGUUUGUGUUGAAGCUCUCUGAUUUGUUGAAGCUUCACAGUGAGAAGCUUUGGUUUAUUGGAAGUGUUUCGAGUAAUGAGACGUAUUUGAAGCUGAUUGAGAAGUUUCCGAUGAUUGAUAAAGAUUGGAAUCUUCAUCUUCUUCCUAUUACAUCUUCAAGUCAAGGGGUUUAUCCAAAAUCUAGUUUGAUGGGAUCUUUUGUUCCAUUUGGAGGGUUUUUCUCAUCGACAUCGGAUUUUAGAGUACCGUUUAGUAACUCGAUGAAUCAGACUUUGCCUCGGUGUCAUCUUUGUAACGAGAAGUAUGAGCAAGAAGUCACUGCCUUUGCUAAGUCCGGGUCGAGUCUCGAUGAUCAGUGUUCGGAGAAGUUACCUUCUUGGUUACGAAAUGUGGAGCAUGAACAAGACAAAGGAAGUCUCGGAAAGGUUAAAGAUGAUCCAAACGUAUUAGUCUCUCGGAUUCCGGCUCUGCAGAAGAAAUGGGACGACAUUUGUCAAAGAAUCCAUCAAACUCCGGCGUUUCCUAAACUCAGUUUUCAGCCCGUUAGACCGCAGUUCCCGCUUCAGCUGGUUUCUUCUAGCCAGUCCAAGAUGAGUCUUGGAAGCCCAACUGAGCAAAGUGUUCGCAGCAUUAGGAUGGCUCAAGUGCAGAACCCGCCACACCAACUUGGUUUAUCGGUUAAGAUCUCGAAGCCAAAACAGACAGAGGAUCUCACAAGUCGCACAACGAACUCGCCUUUGAGCUGUGUUACGACAGAUUUAGGAUUGGGAACCAUCUACGCAUCGAAAAACCGGGAUUCAAACACACCUGUAUCGCUUGAAAGGAGAGACUUUGAGGUGAUCAAAGAAAAACAAUCGUUGGUGGCUUCAAGAUACUGCAAAGAUUUCAAGUCUCUCAGGGAGUUACUCUCUCGAAAAGUCGGUUUUCAGAACGAAGCUGUAAACGCCAUUAGCGAAAUCGUUUGUGGAUACAGAGAUGAGUCCAGGAGAAGAAACCACAUAGCAACCACAAGUAAUGUUUGGCUUGCUCUUCUUGGACCUGAUAAAGCCGGGAAGAGGAAAGUAGCAUCAGCUCUUGCUGAAGUCUUCUGCGGUGGCCAAGACAACUUCAUCUGUGUGGAUUUCAAGUCACAGGACAGUCUUGACGAUAGAUUCAGAGGGAAAACAGUUGUUGAUUACAUUGCUAGCGAAGUGGUGAAGUGGGCGGAUUCUGUUGUGUUCAUAGAAAACGUGGAAAAAGCCGAGUUCCCGGAUCAAAUCAGAUUGUCUGAUGCUAUGAGAAGUGGAAAAAUCCGUGAUUCGCAUGGGAGAGAGAUCAGUAUGAAAAAUGUUAUAGUUGUUGCUACUAUUUCUGGAAGUGAUAAAGACAGUGAUUGUCAAGUUCUUAAAGAACCAGUGAAAUAUUCCGAGGAAAGAGUUCUCAGUGCCAAAAACUGGAAACUUCAGAUAAAACUAGCCGACACUUCAAAUGUUAACAAGAAUGGUCUGAAUAAAAGAAGACAAGAGGAGGCAGAAACAGAGGUUACAGAGCUUCGAGCCCUUAAGUCCCAACGUUCGUUUCUUGAUCUAAAUCUUCCUGUGGAUGAGAUAGAACCAAACGAAGACGAAGCGUAUACAAUGUCUGAGAACACGGAAGCUUGGCUUGAGGAUUUCGUGGAACAAGUAGACGGGAAAGUGACGUUCAAGCUUAUUGACUUUGAUGAGUUAGCUAAGAACGUAAAAAGGAACAUCCUUUCGCUAUUUCAUCGGUCUUUUGGACCUGAAACACAUCUAGAUAUCGAAAACGAUGCGAUCCUUAAGAUUCUUGCUGCCUUAAGAUGGUCAUCAGAUGAAGAGAAAACGUUUGAUCAAUGGCUGCAAAAUGUUCUUGCUCCAAGCUUUGCUAAAGCGAGACAAAAGUAUGUUCCCGCUACUCCUUUUGCUGUGAAACUUGUUGCCUCUAGAGAUUCUUCGGCUGAAGAGGAAACUACCGGAAUACAACAGUUUCCGGCGAGAGUCGUAGUGAUCUGAUUAUUGUUGUUGUAAUUUCAUGUGUAAGUGAUGAUAGUUAUAUAGAUUAUCCCAGAGUUUUGUAAUCGGCUUGGUUUGAGUUUGUGGUUUGUCACUAAAUGUAUAUUAUAUAGGCUUAAAGCUGAGUUAUUAAAAGAUUAAGUGUGGU